CUAUUUUGCUGGUCUGCUGCUGAUUUGGAGGGGUUUCUUUGACUUCCCUCGUAACCUCAACUUUUGCUUUAUUUCUUGUCAAGUUAGAGAAUUUUCAAGCAAAGAUGCGAGGGGUAUUCAUCCUUGCCGUUGUUCUUGUGGCGACCAUCGCCCCUGCAACUUGCCAACGACCAUGGUGGAGAGGGCAGCCCAUCAAGCGACUUGGCCUGGGACAGCAACAACAGUUCCGGCCAAACGGCCAACGACAGCAACAAUUCCGUCCCAACAAUCAGUGGAUGCAGCAACAAGACCCUGAGGCUGCUCAAGAGAUGCGAGAGCAAAUGGCAGAGCAGGCGGAACAGGAAGCCGAAGCCGCAGAGGAAUUGCGAGAACAAGAAGAAGAGCGUGCACAGAAAUUACAGGAACAGCAGGCAGAAGCCGCUGAAAGGGAAGCUCAAUAUGCACAGCAGAUGCGAGAGCAGCAAGCUGAAUAUGGACAGCAAAAUGCCUUCGCCGCACAGGGAAUGCAUCAGCAAGAUACAGAAGCAGCACAGGAAUUAGCAGAAGAAGAGGCCGAAGCUGCGGAAGAAUUGCGGGAACAACAGGCCGAAGCUGACGCUGAAGCUGCACAGAAUAUGUAUCAAGGUGAAGCAGGACAGGAGAUGGAACAAGAACAAGAUGCUGAAGCAGCACAGGAAAUGGCCGAACAAGAGGAAGAAGCCGCUCAGGAAUUAGCAGAACAAGAGGCCGAGGAUGCAGAAGAAGCUGCCGAACUAGAAGCGGAAGCAGCAGAAGCCGAGGCUGAAGCAAUGGAGGACCUUCAAGAAGCAGAGGCUGAAGCAGCAGAAGCAGACGCUGAGGCAAUGGGUGAGCAGGGUGAAGCAGCAGAGGGAGCGGGAGAAGGACAAGGUGGGAGUUUAGGGACAUCAUUCUCCUUAGGAGGUAGCAAUUAUGGCCCUUCCAUGGGAAGCGGGUCAGCUGGUCCAUCAUUUUACGAUCCAACAGGAGGAUUUGGUGGCUCUGGUGGGUCUGGAGGGUCUGUUAGCUUUUCAUACGGAGGGUAUCAAGGUGCAUCUGGGGGACAAAACGGGGGACAGGGUGGAGCGAUGGGAGCAACAGGCGGAGCAGGAGGUGGAGCAGGCGCGGGCCCAGGGGAUAUACCAGGAGGUGGAAACAUUGGCUCUAAUGGAGCAGCAACUGGAGGAGUGGCGGCUGGAGCAGGAAAUUCACCGACAAAUGGGGUAAACACUGGAGGAGUGGCGACUGGAGCAGGAAAUUCACCGACAAAUGGGGUAAACACUGGAGGAGCAAACGGUGCCGCUCCAGAUGGAGCAGCAAAUUGGCCAUCAAGUGGAGGUAGCAACGGAGCAGGAAGUGGAGGAGCUACCUCAAAUGGAACAACAACUUCAAACGGAGCAACCUAUCCACCAAAAGGGGGAGCUACAUCAAAUGGAACAACAACUUCAAACGGAGCAACCUAUCCACCAAAAGGGGGAGCUACCAAUGGGACGGCAAAUGGAGCUACUGGAGCGACGGGAUCAACUGGAAUGAAUGGUAAUGGAGGGGCAGGUACUCAAGCUGCAGCUGGAAACUCACAGGGCACAAACAGUGGAAAUUCGAACCCUUCCGUUGUUGACGGAGUAGGACAAAGCAUCGGAAGUUCAUUUACAGAGACAACCAAUGUCGGUGCCCGUAAUGAGCCAAACAUAGCCUUUGCACCGGCUCCUAUUGCACAAGCACCAGACGCUCAACUUACUCCGGCCGAAACAGCUGCACUGGACAAUACGUACAUGGACAAACAUCUUUGUGGUGGAUUCCUUGGCGCCAAUGGAAUAUCAGGACAGAAGAGUCUCGCUGUGCUUGCACUUGACUAUGCAGGAAUGAAACAAGCACUUAAUCCCUGUAAUGUGCCGAAGAAUGGACGAACAACCGGGCGCACUCCAGUCAAUAUCGCUUUCCGCUCUGGUAUGGAGACCCACGGUCAGGAUCCUGCAUCUGCUGUCCUUCGUGAUCUUCCAGGUAUGAUCCAACGAUAUGGACAAACCCCGCGUAAGGUCCACCUCUUCUCUUGGCACAUGCCAUCCGAACAUGCUCUUCGCAGCCUCCUCACUAAGAAACGACGAGGGGGUCUUGCAAACGUAGAUGUGGCUCUAGGAUACGUUAAAGAAAGCAAAAUGGCUCUCUUCAGCGCCCUUCUCGGUGACACCACAUUCACAAAUCUAUUGGGUCAACUCCAACAAGCCGGUAUUAGCGUAAACCGCGUCUGUGACACUUGCAGCCAGAUUGCCAACAUGACCAACUGGCAACGCAAGCGCCAAGGACUUGUCAAUGGGGUCGAUGUAUUCGACCAGCAGGCCGGACAGUGUGGACCCGUAGCUGAGGUUCCUGCAACUGAUCAACUUGCCCUCGGCACACCCCAAUGCAAGAGCUUCCAGGAAUCCAUGGGAUCUUGCGUAUUUGAUCAGCUAACUGCUGCCUGUCCUUGGCUUCGACAUUCCCAAAGUGCCAGCGAGCAACCAUUGACAUCCAUCAUGGAGAGGUGGUCCACGGAAUGCGGAAAGAACCUCUCCUGCUGGCAAGAAAAGGGUGGUUACUUGAGUUUCCUUGCACGCUCAGCAGCCAGUUGCAGCAUCUCCCAAUACGGCGCUUCUUCGGCUAUAGGUCAAUGUGCGGGGGCAGCACAGAAUGCACCUCUUGAUCCUGCGCCACCUACACCUUCUAUGUAGAAAGGUCGAUAUACCUGUUGAUAGAGGAUUUGAUACACUGAUAUAUUCCUGGUUAUGAUAUGAUGAGGAAUAGAGUUAUGUACAUAUACAACUUUUGUUCUUGUUCAUAAUCAGUAGGAUUACUGGAUCGCUUUUCUUUAAUCCCUUACGUCUCUCUGUAUCAGGAUAAAUGAUCUUUAAGGUUGUUUAUGAUAAAUUAGAAGAAUCAACAAUAUAUUCAUCCUUUCUUCUGUAUGUGCGAUCUUUACUGUCUUUGUUGAAAACGGUAACAUUGAUCAUCUUUGCAAAAGUUUUAUCUAGUUCGUCUCCAUCAUUCUCAGUAUUGAAAGUGGAACACCUUCCUCUUGUAAAGUUUAGAAUUCCAGAAUCAAACCACUUGCUAUAUCCCAAUGAUGCAAUCCGCCAAAAUACCUAAAUGAUCCAUUACAAUGCAAUUAUCAUUGCUCGAUUCACCAGAAAAAAAAUCUCUAAUUUGUGGAGUUUAAUACUCCGACAACUAAAAUUUCUCAAUGUUUAUAUAUAUAUACAUAUAAAUCUGCAUGCCUUGUAUCGGUUCUGACCUCCGUACUCUGAAUAUUGGGUCCACAAACCGACUAGCUACUUUUCUCGUCUUGAAACUAAUUACUUCAUCAAACCUUUCUCUAUGUCUAAAAGUCAAAAGAUCCAGCCGAAUGGUCUAGCUUCCUGUCGAUGGUAGGUAUCAAGAUUUGCCGGAAAAGUUAUAGGAAGAUAUAUAUUCUGUGAAUUGUUCUACAUACACUUUUUUUCAUUUCAGUGACUCCCGAUUAAGAUUUCCAAGGGCCUAGGCUGGGUGUGCACUGGGUGCACGUGUAUUCUCCCGCUGAGGUAGAGGAGUUCCUUCACUGGCAAGCAAAAUGAAAUACCCCUUUCUUCUGCUUUCAGCAGCUGAUUUCCCAAGAUGUGCACCCCCAUACCACUUCAGUUCCACCUCCCCAGGAUGUGCGCUCCUCAUGCUAAAACCAGCCUACGCCCUUGAUUUUUAUAAUAUAUUGGGGAAAUACCCUCUGCAAGAACUGUACUUCAGAAUGGACUACUAGCAUUCAAAGAAGGCAUUCACAACCUCCAACUAUAUCUAAUAAUCUUCUUUAAGACGUAUCUAGACCUUUAUUUGCACUGUGCUCUGUCUUUGUUAUGGUAAAAUGCACAUUAUAGAUGUAUUAUCAUGAUUAUGACCAGUCUUUACAAAACACAGAAGAUAUGAACACUGUUAAUGCAAUGUUAUGAAAGAACUCAUGAAGUACCAAAGUUUGAAUAAAUAUCAGGUAAAAUAAA